GAAUACUUCCGCAGGGUCAUAGGCUUCCGUUUCGUAAGAAAUUUAAUAUUGCUGUAAUUCGAAGAGCGAUAUAAAUAAAGUGAAACAGAAACGUUUUAUGUGGUCCGUUUUGCUCUUUGAUAAAGAACUGGUUUUUGCAAAUACUUUUUAACAAACGAUACUGCAAGAGAAAUAGUGGAGAGGAUCUUACUUGACUAAUGUAUUCCUUCGUCACUUGCUGGGAUGAGCGACCGCACGUCAUUCCUUGUUUAGAAGAUGGCGGACACGAAGUUGUAUGAUGCGCUGGGAGUUAGUAGAAGUGCUACGGACCUGGAAAUUAAGAAGGCCUAUCGGAAGUUAGCUAAGGAAUUUCAUCCAGACAAAAAUCCGGAAGCUGGAGACAAAUUCAAAGAGAUUUCAUUUGCCUAUGAAGUAUUGUCGGAUCCCAAAAAGAGAUCGACCUAUGACAAGUAUGGGUUAAAGGGAAUGCAAGAAGGUGCCCAUGAUGGGCCGUCAUUUGGUCAUGAAGACCUGUUUUCACAUCUUUUUGGGGGAGGACUUUUUGGAAUGGGCAUGAGAUCUCGCCGCCCCACGCGUGGAGAAGACACAAUUCACCCACUAAAGGUGUCCCUUGAGGAUCUUUAUAAUGGUAAAACAGCUAAAUUGCAGUUGAGCAAGAAUGUGAUUUGUAGAAUGUGCUCUGGGAAAGGGGGACGUGGUGAUGCUCAUCAGUGUGCUACUUGUGGUGGAUGUGGUUAUAAAAUGACAUAUCGACAACUAGGACCGGGAAUGUCCCAAAGAUUGCAUUCACAGUGCACUGAUUGUAUGGGUGAAGGUAUGGUAAUUAGCGAGAAGGAUAAGUGCACAACUUGCCGAGGUAGAAAGGUGGUUAAUGAAACUAAAAUAUUGGAAGUGCAUGUUGACAAAGGAAUGCAUGAGAAUCAGAAAAUUUAUUUUCGGGGGGAAGGUGACCAGCAGCCUGAUGUUGAACCUGGCGAUGUCAUUAUAGUGCUUCAACAGAAGGCCCAUGAACGCUUCCAGCGGUCUGGUGAUGAUCUGAUUAUGACUCAUACAAUUUCUCUAACUGAAGCAUUAUGUGGAUUUACUAUGACUGUCCGACAUCUGGAUGGACGUGAUUUGCUUGUGAAGCACCCAAUGGGCCAAAUUGUGAAGCCAGCUGAUAUCAAAGGAAUCAAGGGUGAAGGAAUGCCUCAUCACAGAAAUCCAUUCGAGAGAGGAAACCUUUAUAUUAAGUUUGAUGUUACUUUCCCAGAAAAUCAUUUUGCCAAUGAAAUUUCCCUCAAGCAACUGGAGAAUCUGCUGCCUCCUAGGCCGUCUUUCGAGAUGCCAAGCGGAGAACAUGUGGAAGAAGUUGAUCUUCACGAGUAUGACGCUUCUGAGGGCCACGGAGCUGGGGCUGGAGGGCGGCAAGAAGCCUAUGCUAGUGACGAAGACGACCACCCUGGGCCUGGCGUCCAGUGCGCUCAUCAAUGAGCUUGUAGCCUAGUCAUCCUGGUUUCCAUUGCCUAUUUGUCCAGCGUACAAUUGUCCAUCUGAGUAUCGUUUAUUUAAUGUCACAAUCGAAUUGCCCAUCUUGUAUACUGGUACAUGUUAUAAACUACAAUCUCAGCUGCUGCCCAAAGCAAUAGUGUCUGGUACUUUUUUUUUUAGUUAUUUACUACUGAUUUCUCUGAAUUACAUAAAAAUUGUUUCUGUAGCAGUUCACAAUUGUGGUCAACUCUAUACACAAAUGAAAGUAACUUCCAGUGUACACCUAUUGGUCAGCAAGUUCAUGUUGUGUGCAAGUGUAAUAGUAUGAAAAUGUUUCUCAUAGUUCACACUUGCAGGUAAUGCUAUACUGAUAGGUGACAAAAUAGAUGUCAGAAUAAGAUCGUAAGACUUAAUAAAAGCAUGACAACUCUUUGCUCAAUAUUUGGGCAAAUGUGUUCGGAGUCUUUUACUGAAGUGAUGGUAGGUGGCUGCUCUGUCGCAGUGAAUGUGGGAAGCUGCUUGGAGAAAUGGAUUAAUACUUGAAGAAUGUGAAGUGAGACAUGUGAUCCUCCAAUAAAUGAAAACUGUAUUAUGAAUGUACUGAGAGAAUGUUCAAUGUAAGCAGAUUGCAAUGUAGUAGAGAAGAAUUUUCAUUUCCCUGUCAGUAAAGAACAAAUAACCCCUUCCUGUAUAUUGACAUUUAAUGAACCACCUUACCCUUGUCCUCUUCGAUUUGCAAGCUCUGAAUAGUUGGAAGUUAAUUGCCAUGGAUUUUUAUUGUAUUUUUGUAUGCUGGCUUGUAUAGAGCAGUGUACUCUUGAGAAUUGCCGGCAAUUCUUGAAUGUAGAAAUGGUAACGGAAAUGCUUGAAAGUGGCUGUUGAUUGUCAUUUUCCACAAGCAGCUGUGGAUUAAUUGUACAUUUGGGAAUAAAUUUUGUAAUAAAAAAAUUUUAUAUUCAUUCCUUGGUUGGUUGAUUACUGGAGGGAGCGGGGC